GAAGCAGUUCGUGAGUGCCAUCGCAAGCCAUCCGCAGUAGUUCUGUCGAAAGUGCGGUCCCACUUUUUGUGCAAAUUUAUCCCGGAAAAGUGACUGAAAUCUGGUCCGAGUGCGGUGCGAACCGUUGUUCUGUUCCGUGACCAUCGUUUGCGGUAGUCCGUUUGACUGGUGCGUGCGUGUUUGGUCACGAAAUUCGCGUUCGACAAAAGUGAAGUAGACUUUUUUCGUUCAUUCAGUUUUUGUGUGAAUAUCGAAGUUUUUUCUGCUGUGAGUGAAGCAAGAACAGAAGUGUGCGGAGCGGAGAGUGGAGUUGACUCCUUGAUCAGCGCAGAGGAAAGUGAUCCCUGAAGAGCGGGGCGGAGUGUUGUCUGUGAACGAAGUAGGUUUUGAUUUUCAAUGGAUUGUGAAGUGGGUUGUUGGUAGUGGUGCGCUCCCUCGCAUCGCAAGGGAAUUUCGCUCCUGAAUUCCGCGCGCUGUGCCGUGUUGUUCCGAGCCGGGUGGAGCAGUAGUUGCGGAGAGUGAGCCGUGUGUUAUUUCGCGGUGUUCGGUCGUCCGCCAGCACCGCGCGCGCAGUGGAAUUGUUUUGGCAUGAGUUAUUACCCCAUCACGACGACGGCUACGAUGACGAUGGGAGAGUUGUAAAAUGUUACUGCCUGUUGGUUUUGUUGUUGCUGAGGCUGUUGUUCGUCGCCGCAGUCGUGAAGAAUCGUUUCCAAGCUUGGGCCCUAUUAGUAGGCUGGGCUAGUUGGCCUGCUUGGAUGGAAUUAUUUAAGGCAGAAUUUAGAUGAAAAAAAAUAAUAAUCUGUUUGAAAUAGUGGAAGCAUGUUUUGAUAAUUGAUACCGAGAGAGGUGAUUUGUGCGCGUUCCGACGGAGAAGUAGGCCCCCGAGGGGUCGAAUGCUGUUUCGCCGCCCGGCAGGGUUGCUUGAAUUCGUGAUAUUGCUUGUGUGAUUAUAAAUUGUGUUGUUUCGGUUUCGUGAAGUGAGAUUAUUAAGAAGAAGCCCUUCGAAGACUCGAAGUGAGGAGAGGGUGGACGAAAUUUGGUUUGGUGCCGUGUAAGAGGGGAAGCAUGGAAACUGUGAUGGUAGCUUUGGCGAUCGGUGGAAUAGAAUCGAGUCCAAUCGGGGUCGCCGUUGACGGUGGGCGACAGCAGAAGCAGACACCGCAUCAACAACGACGGCUUCAACAAAGCUAAUGAGCUCGUCGCCGGUGUGGAUUCCUGAAGAGUUCACUCACUCACUGAGGAAUUGCCCCAAGAGCUGUCAUGCCAUGCCACCACCGUUGCCGCCCCUACGAUCGUCAUUCGCAUCCGCAUCAUGUUGUUGCCUACCGGUACGCGGCUGCCACUGAAGAAGCGCAAGAAGAAGCCCACCACCAGAUAAUGAAUGAAGAAUAAAAAUAAAAUUAAAAAUUAAGAUAAUAUAAACGAUCAUCAUCAAGAAGCUCAAACAUCGGCCGCGGUUGAGAAGAAAAAAGCAAGGAUCGAGAUUCGUAGCUUAGUCGCUCUUAGGCCGCGUAUCACGACGAACAACUAUCGAAUCUAAAACACAAGAAGAAACAGUGAAAAGAGCAAAGUCGCAAAGUGAAAGAACCCUGAGCACGGGGAAAACUAGCCAACUGUUUGCUGCAGAACUUUUUGUAGAACAGAGAGGGGCACCCGGCAGCAGCAGUUCUUCGUCAUCAUCAUUUUUCAUCAUUCCGUUGCGCUGCUCCGUCCCCGAGCGUCCAGCAAACCCUCCUCCGGCUACCUUUGCAUGAGGUGGAAGAAUUCGGUUUCUGUAGCGACCGAUCGCGACGAUCUAUUGUGAGUAGUGCUGCUUUGUGGGUGAAUAGGAAGAGUAAAACGGGAAGAAAACUACCGGCCGAUAAUAUGGAUAAAUAUCUGCCGCUGCUGGUGCUCGUGUUCUGCGUCCUGAACCACAAUCUUGAUGGUGUUGCCAGCGAUCAAGUUGUCCUUCUGGAUACCACAAAGGAAGCUACGCUGGAGUGGACCCGGUACCCGUAUGGACCGCAAGCGCAGACGCCCGGGUGGGUGGAGGAAUCGUUCACCAACUUCGUGAAGGGAAUCAACUGGCGGAGUUACGUGGUGUGCGAUGUGGCGUACAACAACGUCAACAACUGGCUGUGGUCCCCGUUCAUCGACCGGGGCCCCGCCAAUCGGCUGUACAUCGAAAUCCACUUCACCAUCCGGGACUGUUCGCUGUUCCCGGGCAAUGCGCUGUCCUGCAAGGAAACGUUCAGUUUGCUGUUCUAUGAGUUCGAUGCGGCGACACGGGAACCGCCUCCCUGGCAGCCGGAGAGCUACAAGCUGAUCGGGAGGAUCGCCGCCGGCGAGGGUCGCUUCAAUCAGAACUCCGACGUCGACAUAAACGUGGAGAUCAAAAGCAUAGCCGUCGCCAAGAAGGGGGUGUAUUUUGCGUUCCGGGAUCAGGGAGCGUGCAUCAGCGUGUUGGCCGUCAAGGUGUACUACAUCACGUGUCCUGCGGUGACGAUCAACUUCGCGCAUUUCAACGAGACACCCACGGGGCGGGAGAUUACCAUCAUCGAGCAGCAGACGGGGACCUGCGUAGAGAACGCCGAGUCCUACGAAACGCCGACCUAUCUCUGCAAGGGUGACGGCAAGUGGACGAUUCUGAGCGGUGGAUGCCGCUGCAAGGUCGGAUACGAGCCCGAUCACGAAAAGCAAACCUGCAACGUGUGUCCGGUUGGUAAGUUCCGGUCGGCGGAAGUCGAUUCCUGUACGAUUUGCCCGCUGAACUCGAAGACCAACAAGAUCGGCUCGCCGUUCUGUCCUUGCCUCAGCGGGCACUAUCGGCAUCCCAGGGAUGGCAAACACAUGCCCUGCUACAAGCCCCCUGGACCACCAACGAAUCUCACGCUGCUGUUCAUCGAUCAGACCAGCGCAAUCCUGUCGUGGAAUGCACCGCAACGUGCGGUAGACGAACAGGUCGACACCAAAUACAGGAGCGACAUCGUUUUUCGGAUAAAGUGCGCCGCGUGCACCUCGAAUGUGGUGUUCAACCCAUCGACGGAGACGUUCAACGAUACGAAGCUGACGCUGACCAAUCUGGAACCGGUGACGGCGUACACGGUGCAGAUUCACUCGCAGCACGGGGUUUCGUAUCUGAUCAGCCCGGAGGGAGCGGGUGCCGGAGCGGCGGGGUACGACAACAGCAGUGGGUUCAAUAAUCACUACCACCACGUUACGGAACCGCCGAAUCUGGGCCGGUCGUCGGACCUGGAUGACAUCAAGACGGAGUUUGCGGAGAUUACCUUCACGACCGAGUCGGCCAUACUCAGCACGGUGUUCAAUGUCAAGGUGAUCUCCAUCACCAACAAGGAGGUGGAUCUGGUGUGGGACAAGCCCAUGCACAGUGACUCACCGAUCGAGUACUACGAGGUCCGGUGGUUCCCCAAGACCGAGGUGGACGCCAUGAACAAGUCGGUGCUGAGCACCAAGGAGUCCAAGAUCCACAUCAACGACCUGCAGGAGAACACCGAGUACGGCUUCCAGGUGCGCUGCAAAACGCUCAAUGGCUGGGGCACCUACAGUAACAUCAUGUACGCCCAGACGCACCAGAGCGUCAGUCCCGUGUACGACGAUUCCUUGAAAAUGCGAUUUGUUGCUGGUACGACAGUUGCAGUUGUCUUGGUCCUGGCACUAGGGAUCGUCGUUUGCGUCCUAAUCCUGCGCUCGAAGAGCCACGAUGACAUCGAUAAGAAAACCAACAACCAUCUUCCGCUGCCGCUGGAUUACGCCAGCAACGAAGUACACGCAAUGGACACGACGCCGAUCGUGAAAACGAUGAAAAACAAUGGUGGUUCUUAUGGGUAUUACCGACAACGUCGUACAAAUUUUGCAGUGACUACGCCCCUGUUCGGCACCAGCAGAAGCUACGUCGACCCGCACACGUACGAGGACCCCAACCAGGCGAUCCGCGAGUUUGCGCGGGAAAUCGAUGCCAGUUACAUCACGAUCGAGGCCAUCAUCGGUGGCGGUGAGUUCGGUGACGUUUGCCGGGGGAGGCUGAAGAUUCCGCCGAACUUCGUGCAGGAGAUCGACGUCGCCAUCAAGACGCUCAAGCCGGGCUCGUCGGAGAAGGCCCGGUGCGACUUCCUGACCGAGGCGUCCAUCAUGGGUCAGUUCGACCAUCCGAAUGUGAUCUACCUGCAGGGGGUGGUGACCCGGUCCAAUCCGGUCAUGAUCAUCACCGAGUACAUGGAGAACGGGAGCCUGGAUACGUUCCUUCGGGCCAACGAUGGCAAGUUCCAGACGCUGCAGCUCAUCGGGAUGCUGCGGGGGAUCGCCGCCGGAAUGUCCUAUCUCAGUGACAUGAACUACGUGCACCGGGACCUGGCGGCGCGCAAUGUUCUAGUUAAUUCCUCACUAGUGUGUAAGAUUGCCGACUUCGGGCUGUCGCGGGAGAUCGAGAACGCGAGUGACGCGUACACGACGAGGGGCGGCAAAAUUCCGGUGCGCUGGACGGCUCCGGAGGCGAUAGCGUUUAGGAAAUUCACGUCCGCCUCGGACGUGUGGUCCUACGGCGUGGUGCUGUGGGAGGUGAUGUCAUACGGCGAGCGGCCGUACUGGAACUGGUCGAAUCAGGAUGUGAUAAAGAGCAUCGAGAAGGGCUACCGGUUGCCGGCCCCGAUGGACUGCCCGGAAGCGCUCUACCAGCUGAUGUUGGACUGCUGGCAGAAACAGCGAACGCAUCGACCCACCUUCUCAAGCAUUACGCAAACGCUGGAUAAUCUGGCGCGGCAGCCGCAGGUGCUGCUGACGACGCGGAACUCGCCGGAUAAUCCGGUGGCCCGGAUGGGUAACGACAUUAGCGACGAAAUGCUGGCUACUCAGCAGCGAAGUAUGCUCGGCAUGGGCACAACCGAGCGGAUAUUAAAUAGCAAUCCUGUCGCCGGAGGCGUCGGCAGCAGCAUGACGAUGAGUGCGGCUGGCAUGGGAACACUUGGGUCGACUGUUGGUGCACUCAGUAAUACGGGAACAAUGUCCGGAACGGGCACUGCCGGAGCGGUUUUCAUCAGCACCGAUCAGUGGCUGGAAAGCAUCAAGAUGUCGAGGUAUUCGCAGCAUUUCAAGGAAGCCGGACUGAUGACAGCCCAACAGAUAUCCCGGUUAACCGCUCAGCAGCUGUCCGAUAUGGGCAUCACCCUCGUUGGACACCAGAAAAAGAUUCUACACCAAGCGCGACAGAUAGAUACCAUAAUUUAAACGCUCAGAAUUCAGAUCACAAAUUGCAACAACCCAUUCCAAACACACACACACGAACAUACAAACGAACAUUCUUCUCCCUUUCCCCCUCGAUGACUGAAUGUGUAAAGUAGUAGCAGAAAGCAGUGCCCAAGUGAGGACCGCCGCGCAUGACUUAACCUAAAAAUCCUACUUUAAACGAAUCCGGAUACUGCUACUGCCUCCCCCGGACCUUCCGAGGGAAAACCACGACAUCACAAACCAAUACUGCAAGAAACUACCUACCGAUCGAGAUCACCAGUUUUAGUUAGUCGGAAAAUCAACGAUCCCAGUUCAGAGACACCAUUUGUUUCAGUGUAUUUAUAUUUAUAGCAGCCAUGUGUACUCAGAAACGCGUAAUCACGAGACAGAUUCGUUCUGAAGAGCACGAAUAGCGUGAAAACCAGUGCCAGUGUGUAUGUUCGCAAUACACACACACAUACAGACAAAAUUUGGCAGAAAAGGAGACUGCAUUCACGGAAAAAAACAAUUGUACACACUUGUUAAUAAUCGUUUUUAGUCUUGGCCAACAAUUAUCAUUGAAAAAAAAAAGAGCUAGGUUAAGUUUUUCUUCCUUCCCCCUUUGGACUCGAAUGAUGGUGAUGAACAGUGCAAGCGAGAAACGAGAGAGAUUAUGAGAAACAAUGGAUGCAUUUACACCCGAUUCUUUUUACACGGAUUAUUUUCACACGGAU